GCCUGGUCGGCAUAACCGUCGUUCGGCAGUCGUUGGUCAUCUUUCGCCCAGCACUGGACUUCUUCCGCUAUGUCUCCAGACGGUCCGGAUCCUCAGAGCCUGAAAUCAUGGCAGGAUGCUUUCCAAUAUCCAAUCCCUACUGUGCGUCGCGUGGAGCAGGAGCUCCGGAGGGACAUUGCGAGUAAUAAGGAGAAGCUCCGGGCUCUUGUUGGAACGCGAUAUCGGGAGCUUGUCGGGACCGCGGAGAAGAUCGUCUCCAUGAAUCGUGGAAUGGAGGAAGUGGAUUCCACGUUGGCUGACAUAGGACGGAGAUGUAACCCGCGCUUGAUGGAGAAAGCGUACACCCACGUGCAGGCAGUUGCUUCGUGCAAGGAUUCUCCCGAACGUUCCCUCACAGGCCAGCUUGCUCUGCUUCAUCGUUCCGCGAUAUCGAUUUCGCGGCUCUUGAGAAGACGAGGCCCGUUAUUACUCGUCGCAAAACUCAUGGUGAUCUCCCGACUGCUUCAUAAGACUUUCUCACAACAACCGGCAGUGCCGCCGUUUGUCGAGAAUCUCCGCAACCAACUCGCUUCCCUUCGACGGACCCUGUUGAGAAGAGUCGACAAGCGCCUUGCCCCUGCCAAGGCAACUCCGGACGAAAUAAUCGAAGCUUUGGCUGCUUACUGCUUAGCAACCAGUUCUUCUUCAGACGAUGCUAUACGAUACUUCCAUCAGAUACGCCUGGACGCGAUUGGAAGCCAGUUGGAAGUAAACGAUCCCACGGGGGAGAACAUCUUGAACAGCUUGCGCCUUUAUAUUCGAACACUGCAAACCUCCAAGAUCUUGCUCUCGCGACGGCUGUCCGAUGUAUUAAACAAACUGAAGGCGCGGCCACUGCUCACAGACCCAGAGGUCCGCGGCCUGGAAGAUCUGGACCUCGGGGUCCUUGGGCGCUGGGUCACUCCAGAGGUCAGCAAUUUCACACCUUGGAUCAAAUUGAGUGAACUGUCCAAGGCAGAAAUUGAGAACAUCAUCAAAAAAUGGUCUAAACCCGCUUUCGAGAAGUAUGUACAAGGGUCACGAGUAGCACUAACGAAGUGGUCGGAUUUCUCAGAACUCUUGACUCUUCGCGCGAAAGUCCUAGAACUCUGGCUAAGCUCUCGGAGCUCAACACCUGCCCAUUCAUCUUUGCAAGUUCUGAAGGGCAUCAGGUCUGUUCUGAACGAACGGCUUAUGGGCAUAUUGGUAGACCAAGCUCAAGACUUGGAUAAAUUCGGUCAAAGUGUCGCGUCCACUAUUGCUAGCUGGAGCGAUCAAACUCAUUCGCAUUCUCAAUCACUUUGGGACGAGAGUCUCAUCUCAAUUGACUACUCGAAUGGUUCUUCUCAUUUCAAGCAAGCUGUUGUGAACAGACUCUUAGGACGGGAUGGGGAUAUUCUUGUGUCUCUUAGACAAUAUCAAGCUUGGCUACAGGCAGUGGACAAGUCAAAACGCUCCAUCGACGUGUUACGCCAGGUACGAUGGUCGGAUGUUCUUGAUGAAGGUGAGGAUGAGGAUCUUGAAGUGGGCAUUCCGGCAAUCUUGACCGAUGAUGAUCCUCGGUUGCUGCGGGAGGCUCUGGAAGCUGCCAUCAAAAAAGCAUUCGAAGCCCUGGACAACUCGUUCAACGAAACUUUCAAAGCACUUCAGAAUCCGAGUCUGAGCGAGAAGGCCGCAUUCAUGCUUAAGCUCAUCAGGUUGAUCCAGAGAGAAGUCCCAGUCGAGUCUAUGCCAGCGAAUUACGCAUUUGCCAAUGGUGUUGUUCCUCAGUUGCAACUGAUCCUCUCUACCAAAAUAUCGGCACACACAAGGCCCUGGAAACCGCCGGCCUACUCAGUCGGAACAGACCGAGGCGUUCCAGGUCGAUCCCUUUGGGAGGGUGAUCCUGCGAUCCCUGUGCAACCAUCUCCGUCAGCGUUCAAAUACCUGCGCCGACUAACGAAGUCAAUGAGUCAUUACGGUCCUGGCCUUUGGGACGCUUCCACUGUUCAGUGUCUCAAAAGGACUUUGCAAAAGGAGUUCGUCAAGAUUGCCGCUUCUACUAUGCAACAGAUGAAGUCAUCCUUUACUGCCCCACAAGAGGCUAAAGAUAACUUGCCUGAAGUUAAUGAUAGCGAACCACCAACUCAGAACGGGGAUGAUGAUUCACCCCCGAAUCCGGAGACUGAGACGGAGAACACAGACCCAUAUAAAUCUCUCCAAGAUCAUAUGGUCCAGCUAUAUUUUGACACCUCUUAUUUCAAAAAUGCCUUUGAGGUCGGAGACUCGGAGACAAGCCAUCUGGCUGAGGUACUGGGGACAAUUCGUGGGGAGCUCGAAGAUCAAUCGCAGGCCACGAUGAGAAUCGAUCAGGCUGCCCGUGAGCACUGGAAGCGAACUCAUCUUCUGUUUGGCCUUCUGACGGAUGCGAUCGAGCCAUAAGGUGUAGGUUUCAUUUACCACUGGCUCAGUCUGUAUUACUGUUACUGUAUAUGUAUUAUGUAUAUAGAGCCAUCAUCACUACUAACUACUAGAACUGC